UGGAGUGAGCCCUGUCACAUGACGGGGGCCGGCCGUAACCGGCCACGCCGCUGCUUUGACGUCACCGCGCCCGUCGGAACUUAUUGGCCGGUCGAGCAGCACGUGACUCGGGAGCAGCGGUCUCCGCGCGCUGGAUCCCGGAGACUCCCGGCUCCUUCCCCCUCCCUCCGGCUUGUGACAACGAAGCGCCGGGGUCUGAGGCGGCGGCGACGGUGCGGCCGGCCAGACGAGCUAGGGAGCCGGCCCUGUGGCCGCCCCGCCCCCGGGCCCUGGCCUCCAGCUCCCUCCCCCUCGGCGCUUCCGUUACGGCCGUUAGUCCCUCGCGGGCCCCGGGGCCGGCCGUGUUGCCGCGCCGGCAGCUGCCCUGACGGACUUCAGCGCGGCCUGGAAGACAGCCUCCGCCCGCGUCCGGGGCCCCGCACCUGGCGGGCUCUGCGUGGUCGCCCCCGGGCGGCGGACAGGUCCUUCGGAGCGCGCUUUCUAAAGGCCGGCGUCCGGGGAGCCGCUCCGAGCCUGCGUCCGCGCCCCAAGUUCUCCAGGGGCGAAGUGCUGCCCGCCCCGAGGCUCCGAGUUGCCUGGCCGGCGUGGAGCCGGCGUCUCUCCGCUUCCUCUUGGAUCGGCGCGGCGGCACGGCCGGCGAAGCUCCCCCCGGGCGCGCGGGGACCCGGCCAUGGGCCGCGACGCGGGCCGGCCGCCCGCCGGGAGGCAUGGCUCGGGGGCCGGCCGCUAGCAGCGCCGCAGCCCGGGCUCCCGGGCCGGCAUGAGGACGGCCGCGGGGGGACGAGUGCGGCCCGCGGGGCCGUAGCCUGCGUUGCGCCGGUGACAAAGAAGAAAGAUCUCUCGGAUCCUUUCAAUGAUGAAGAAAAGGAAAGGCAUAAAGUGGAGGCCCUUGCCCGGAAAUUUGAAGAAAAAUAUGGUGGAAAGAAACGUAGAAAAGACCGAAUACAGGACUUGAUUGAUAUGGGUUAUGGUUAUGAUGAAUCUGAUUCCUUCAUCGAUAACUCUGAGGCGUACGAUGAGCUUGUUCCUGCUUCUUUGACUACAAAGUAUGGAGGAUUUUACAUUAACUCGGGAACGCUGCAGUUUAGACAGGCGUCGGAAUCUGAGGAUGACUUCAUUAAAGAAAAGAAGAAAAAAUCUCCAAAGAAGCGGAAGUUGAAGGAAGGUGGUGAGAAGAUAAAGAAGAAGAAAAAAGAUGACACUUAUGACAAGGAGAAGAAAUCGAAAAAGUCCAAGUUUUCCAAAGCCGGCUUCACAGCCCUCAAUGCCAGUAAGGAGAAGAAGAAAAAGAAGUAUUCUGGGGCUUUGAGCGUUAAAGAGAUGCUGAAGAAAUUUCAGAAGGAGAAAGAGGCUCAGAGGAAGAGGGACGAAGAGCAUAAGCCCGUAGCAGUCUCGUCGGUGGAAGCUCAGGGCCUGCGGGAAUUGGAGGGCACCUCUGACCCUUUGCUCUCGCUCUUCGGCUCCACUUCUGACAACGACUUGCUGCAGGCGGCCACCGCCAUGGACUCGCUGACUGAUUUGGACUUGGAGCAGCUGCUCAGUGAGUCUCCAGAAGGAAGCCCCUUCCGCGAUAUGGAUGAUGAAAGCGAUUCCCUUGGGGUGGGACUGGACCAGGAAUUCAGGCAGCCCUCUUCCCUUCCCGAAGGCCUGCCUGCGCCCCUGGAGAAGCGCGUUAAGGAGCUGGCUCAGGCUGCCAGAGCUGCUGAGGGAGAAAGCAGACAGAAGUUCUUCACCCAGGAUAUUAAUGGCAUCCUCUUAGACAUAGAGGCGCAGACCCGGGAGCUGAGCAGCCAGACCCGUUCCGGGGUAUAUGCCUACCUUGCUUCCUUCCUGCCCUGCAGCAAAGACACCUUGGUCAAGCGCGCACGAAAACUUCACCUCUGUGAACAGGGGGGGCGUCUGAAGGAGCCUCUCCAGAAGCUUAAGGAAGCCAUUGGCAGGGCAAUGCCAGAACAGAUGGCCAAGUACCAGGAUGAAUGCCAGGCACACACGCAAGCCAAGGUCGCUAAGAUGCUGGAAGAGGAGAAAGACAAGGAGCAGAGAGAACGGGUUUGUUCUGAUGAGGAAGAAGAUGAAGAAAAGGGGGGCAGGAGGAUAAUGGGACCCCGGAAGAAAUUCCAGUGGAAUGAUGAAAUCAGGGAGCUACUCUGUCAGGUGGUGAAGAUCAAACUGGAGAGCUAUGACCUGGAGAGGAACAAGGCCCAAUCCUGGGAGGACUACGUGAAGGCAUUUCUGGAUGCUGAGGUCAAACCUCUCUGGCCCAAAGGCUGGAUGCAGGCCAGGACUCUGUUUAAGGAGAGCAGACGAGGCCACGGGCACCUGACGUCAAUCCUGGCCAAGAAGAAAGUAAUGGCCUCUUCCAAAAUGAAGGUGAAGGAAUCAUUGACUAAGCCUGAUAAAAAGGCUUCCGUCCCAUCAGGCCAGAUUGGCAGCCCCCUUGCUUUGCCUUCAGAACACCUGGGAGGAGGCCUGAGCAUUGGGGCUGCAAACAGGGAGCUCUCAUCCCAGGCAUCUGGCAGCCUUGCUAAUCCUGCUCCUAUCAACGUGGAGGACUCGUUGGAUGGAGACUUGAUCCGUAAUUCGGCCUCCUCGUUGGAGGCUGUGUCCAAGGAACUGGCUGUACUGAACAGCAGAGCCAGCGGGAGCUCUGAGUUCACACUGCCUGCACCCUCAAAAGUGCCUGCAGAGAAAGUCACAGGUGUUUUAUGUACGGAAGAAAAAAGGAACUUUCCGAAGCCCAGCCCUUCUUCUGCCCCACCACCCUCUAGCUCCCUGCAGUCACCCCUCAAUUUUCUGGCUGAACAGGCUCUGGCACUGGGGCAGUCCUCUCAGGAGAAAAAACCAGAGAGUUCUGGCUACAAAGAACUGUCCUGUCAGGCUACCCUCAGCAAGGGCCUGCCAGAAGUGCAGCAGUCCAAAGCAAAGCACCACAGUUUGCCACGGACGUCUCACGCACCCCAGGCAGGAGCUCCUGUGCCCAGCCCCCAGGUCAAAGUCUUUCAUGCAGGCACUCAACAGCAGAAGAGCUUCACCCCGCCAGCUCCGUUUGUCAAUAAGCUUCAGGGCCCAAAGCCUGCCUCCCCUCAGUGUCACCGUUCCCUCCUCCAGCUCGUCAAGACAGCUACCAAAAGCCAGAGCUUCCAUCCUUCCACGCCAGUGUCUUCAGGAGGCACACCAGCCUCCAGCAGCAGCUCUCAUAAGACCCCAGCCUCGUCCUCCACUGCCCUGAGCCAUCCAGCAAAACAGCACUCAGCCAGCUCUUCAGGGCCGUCUUACAAGAACAGUCCCUUUGCCGGCUCUAUCUCCAAGCACGGGGUUUCUUCUGGCAGCUCUUCCUCUGGAGGAGCACCAGUCCAGAGCUCUGCUUCCGGGAGCUUGCUCCCUGCUGUGCAGCCUCCCUCCACAGGACAGUCCGCCAGCCGGCCCAUCCCAGGCUCUGCAGUGAAAAAACCGCCUAUUUCCCAGAAGUUGACCCUGGUGGCCCCUCCAGGUGGUCCAAAUGGAGAUUCUAGUGGGGGGACCCAGGGAGUGGCCAAGUUACUGACCUCCUCCCUGAAGCCCAGUGCGGUGAGCAGCGUGACAUCGUCUACCUCCUUGCCAAAAGGAACGAGUGGGGCUGUGCUGCUGACCAGCUCCUCACCCUUAAAUCUACUGUCUUCAUCCUACAAGGCAGGCAGCCCAAAGCUGCCUGGGGCCUUGAACUCGAACCCCUUGGGGAUUAUCUCCCAGCUCCCCCUCCACGUAAUCUCCUUUAGUGCUGACUCCUCCGCUAAAGCAGGGGUCUCCAAGGAUGCCAUCGUCACAGGCCCUGCCCCUGGGACGUUCCACCACGGCCUCGGCCACAGUCUCCUGGCUGGCUUGCACUCCAGCCCGCCCCGCGCAGCGCCUCUCCCACACGCUGCCGUGUCUACCCACAUCCCGCAGAGUCUGCCAGAUGCUUCUCAGCUUCAUGGGAAAGGGCCCAGUGUACCACGGAAAUUGUGACUUUCAAGGGAAAGGCUGGAAGCUGAACGAGUAGGUCUCGGAAGUCGGAUAAUAACUAUGCUCUUUCUGCCAUUGAUUUUCUUCUGGAGAAGGCAUGAGUGCUAAGUGGAGCGUCUCUUGGCACGUGUGAUGUGCCUUCAGUUAGGGGAGCAGCCCCGUGCUUCUCUGGAGGCCCUGACCAGCCUGGUGCUCCAGGCCUCUCAGCUCUGUUGCAGACAAUCGUCGGAGGGGCAGCGCUAGGCUGGGGAGUGUGCCGGGUCGUGUUCAGAGCUCUGGUGGUGGGGCAGAGCAGGUGGCGCACCUGUGCUUCACAUCUGCCCGACCCCCUCACAUUUGGUCAGAGUACCUCAUGGCACCCUACUGGUCCGGGCUCCUUCUGGCCACAGUGGGCUCCCUGGAUGGUCACGGUGUCCGUCCAUCCUCGGGCUGUGUGCUCAACAGGACAAACCCAGCUAACAUCACAGCUGGGAGAUGUACCUUGUUCUUUGAAAAAUACACCCAACGUGUGCUCAUCGUGAGGGCCCGUCUCUCCACUGAACAUGACAAUGAAGCUCUUUUAGAGAAAAGACCUUUGUAGAUUCAACAAUUGUGGUAGGAUUUUUAAAGACACUUAUUUUUGGCUCAGUUUUCAUCCUUACCAUUAAAUGCAUUGGAUAGAAUGGGACUAUUCUUCGCAAGUCAUGUUGUUCCUAGGAAGACAUAAUUCCAGUGCCUUUAUGGUGGAGCAGAAUUAGACACACAUCCAUUCAGCCCUCUGAGUGGAUCUCAGAUGAAGACCUUUUUUAAAGAGAUGUCUGUAUUUAAGACAUAGCCAGUUUGAGUUUUUUAUGGUUGCACAUCAUAAUCUGUGCCGUCCUGACUUGAAGGUCAUCUGGGCCCACAAAUCCCAGGCCCCAGUUCAGCCAGGGCCCCCACUUUGUUUUUCCAGAGUUCAUACAGGUGGACUGCAGAGCCCCAGAGCCCUUCUUCAUCUCUUCGAGGGCCAAGGAUAUGAGGGGUUCCAAGUCGCAGGUAGACAUUCCAGUUUAUUUAAAAACCAUUCUCAGGCAGAGCUGCAGGAACAGGCCUCCGUGAAGCAUCUGCCGUGUAGAAACAGGCCUGGAGGUCCUGGCUCUCCAGGCAGCAGGGCUAUGCAUUGACUUCAGGGUGACAUGCUGACGAGCUUGGAGAGCACGUCAGAGACAGAUUGGGACAGUUACCCCAGAGCUCAAGUCAUCCCACUGUUCCCACUCACCCAGUGGCUGCUUCACAAAGAUUUUACGGCGCUUGCCUGUCCUGUGCAGUCUGAACUGACUGCUCUAGCUAAGUGACUUCUGAUACGUUGAGAGUAAACAGCCUCCUCAGAAUGUACGCCUGUGUGGAGACAUGGGCAGCUCUCUUGGUUCCUGACUCCCAGGAUACAAUGCUUGGUAACUCACGAUUCACACAGAGGUUGCCUGGUUUCCAGGGGGAGCAAGACCUCUGCCAGCUAGUCGGCCAGGCCUGUGCUCUUUUUUACAUAAAAACCAACAUGUGUUUCACAUUGGGCUAAGUGGAUUCCUUAUCCCUUUAUUAUAUCUAUUUUUUGCAACUUGGGUUUCCAGUUUACAGAAUAGUCUUAGGUAGUAGCAAAAGAGCCAAAGAAGAGAUUUGUAUUGCUGAGCUCAGAGCCGCGCAGAGGCCGUCCGUGAACGCUGAGCAGCAGGAGAACACCCUGGUUCCCUUCCCUGCAGUGCUCCCUCCUCCCCGAGCACCACUGAGUGUGCGGCUGGAGCAGUACCCUCAUUUCUUAGGAAUCUAGUGAUGCCUCUUGCCUCAGGGAAACGUUUCUUUGAUGGGGAGUUUAUGAGGUUUCUUUUCCUUGUUGAUGCUUUAUUUGUGGUAACGAAAGAGUGAAUGACUUAAAGAGCCACGGCAAGGCAGGUCUGUUGGCGGAGCAGGCUCAUGGGCCACGGCGCUGCAGGGCUUUCCUUGCCGGCGUUUCUUGGGUGUGAAAGGGCUGUGGCUUUCAUGCAGCGACUAUGUUGGUGUUGGGGGUGGUGUGGAAAUUGUUAAUCUUGUAUAAAACCACCCAAUAAAUUGUUCCAAGGUUUCCAAAA